AUAUAUCUAUACUAUUUUUUUCGAAAUUUUUUGUACCCUGUACCUGUAUCCAUGCAACUUAGGUACCAAUUAUUCUAUACACUAAUUGCAGGGUUAUGAUGUCACAGGGUGGCCAUUCUUUCGCCGACUACAUGACGGAACGAAACUUUCCUUCAAACUUGGAAUCUGUCAUGUUUCGACGAGUCUUGCAAGGGAUAAACUCGUCGAAAAGAGAUGCCUUGAUCAUCAAGCAAAUGAUUACUUCGCUUAAGAAGAUUCAUGAUACAUGCAUUGUUCACAGGGAUAUAAAGCCUGCCAACUUGGUGGUUACAAAGCAGGGACAGAUCAAACUCAUUGAUUUUGGUUCAGCUACUGAUCUACGAAUCGGAAAGAAUUAUGUUCCCAAUUUUACCCCUUUGGAUCCUGACUAUUGUCCCCCAGAAUUGUAUGUGCUGGCUGAAGAAAUAACUAGUCUUCCUCCAGAGCCAGUUGCAGCUUUUCGUUCACCAAUAUUAUGGCAGGUUUUGUUGCUUUGUCCUAUUUAUGCACUCAAAAUUUUUUAAGUUCCUUCUG